AUCACAUGUGAAUGUACAUAGUUCACUAGCAACCCAGGUCAGUCAAUUUAAAACGUUAGCCUACAGUUUUUAUAUAACAGGCACGGAAAUCUCUAGCAAAAGAGUUGAUAUUUUUAUAUUGAGGAGAUAUUCUUAAUGUUCGGCUCCGCAUCCUUUAAUGCACUCUGCGGUGUGGGAGUGCCACGCCCGAACUUCCAGCGGUUAAUUGAAUAUGUCGAUCCCGAACCGGAGGACAUGGAUGAGGAGAAUGCGAUGAUUCCAGUGUGGCGCCGGCAAGAGCUGAGUUCCGCCUCCUCGCUCAGUGAGAUGCGCAUACGCUGUCCAGAGGCCUUUGUGCGGGCCACCGUCGUGGGGGUAAAUCCGGAAACCGGACAACCAGUCGUCCAGAGUAUCACUUAUCACCGCACACUGGGGGCAGGGCUCCUGGCGCCUCACCCAUCGGUUAGGCGGCGUCCCAAGCUCACGGACAUUCCCCAGGAACGCCUAAGUUGGGACUACCAAGCGCCAGACGAGAAACCAAUCCCGGCUAAGCUGGAGGUCAUCUGGCAAAGUCCUAGCCUCACCGGCUGCCGUGAUCCCCGCAGGGUGCGUGGUCAGAUGGACUUCGCUAAGCAGAAGGCAAAGGAAGGAAAGCUUCUGGAUAGUGUUCCGGUGCGCAAGAAGGCGAAGAAGGUGCGGUCAAAGAAGGAGACAAGGAAGCUGACCCAUGACAAGGCAACCUCCAUGGCCGGCUUCUCCAGCCCAAAAACCGCAAGUAGAUCCGUCCGAGCCGGUACUCGCUCUCCUAAAAGGAAAUCGAUCGGGAACAUCGACACUGCAUGCGUGCUCGACCUUGAGCUCAGACGUGUGCUGGCCAAGUACAGGGUAUCUGCUAGCCAACUGUCCAAAAGACUGCAUCGCCUUGUGCUGGAGGAGCUACCCGAGACCCAGGUGGAGGGCGGCAGGACCAAGAUCCCGAACUCCAAGAAGGCCAGGGAACACAAGUGUGUCCGCGGUGCAACAAUCACUUGGAGCACGGUCAGAACGUCCCAGCCAAAAGCGCUGGAUGGUCGUGUGGCCAAGAAUACGGAAGCAGUGCAUUCCUGCGACUCCUCCGAAACCUACCACAGCUCCAGUCUGGCCACCGAUUCCCAGGAAAACAACGAGCUGGCCACGGCCGCAGGUCUAACGGCGGCCUUCGUUCGGCGACAUAAGCUGUUCCAGCUCCUGGCCAGUAAGCGAUAGCCAUGGAUUCGAUGUGCAGGGAGGGCGGCCAUCAGUUGACCCCUGCUCCCAGUUCUGUAAAUUUUGUAGUGAAUAAAGUAUGUACUUAUGUAUGUUUGUAAA